UCCGCCUGGCCAAUUUAAAGCUUGUGGAAAUUUCUUCCCCCUCAGGGAAAGCUUAUGUGAGGAUUUUCUUUUUUAACAGUUCAUUCUGUGAAACCAUUUUUUUCUUGUUUGCUGUUAGAAAAUGUUGGAGCUGAACACAAGGCUUUCAUUGCAGCACUUUAUUUGGAAGCGUGUUACUUCUGGGCACAUGCUGUCUGCAAGGAAGAUAGUUAUUUGCUAUUCUGUAUUUCUUGUUAGAUUGUGAUCAAGGGAACUAAAGAAGGAUGUAGACAGAUUGUUAAUGUAUCUCUUCAAGCUGUGUUUGAGCACUCCAAACCAAAAUAGAAAAAUAAUGAUUCAUAUCAGACUGCUUAUUUCCUUUUCCACAUAAUGCUGCCUGUUAUGGGAAACUCUGAAAGGCUGAAUCAUUAUUUAUGAGCAUCAGUACAGCUGGAAGGUGUCACAGCAACAUUGGCCGUAUGCGACUGUAUUGGAAUUUGUAUCAGAUACCUCUUUUGGCAGGUUUCCAUGUGAACAGAAACAAAGAUUCACUGGCACAAAGCUUCGUCUCAUAAGGAAAUCUCUCUUCUUCAAAUAUUCUGGAGGCCAGCUUUUAUACUGCAUCCAUAGGAAACGUCUCCACUACAGCCUUUCACCACACAGGAGACAGACUGAAGAUACAGGCAACUGGCAAAUGUGAAAGCAAUGAAGACAUGUUCUGAGGUUGGCAGCGCUUUUUAUAGUACACGCAUUUUCUGGGAAGGGCAUAAGAAGGGAGAUAAACAGGAGAUGGUUGUGGCAAGCUGAGAAGUAACUGUAGCAGACCAAGAUGUUCUAAAGAGAAGAUCACGGCAAAAAGGUCCUCAGGCUUCAUCAGCCACCAGCUGAUCACAUUGCAGCAGCAUAGGUGUUGCCAUGAGGAUCAGGAGGUGUCCUGUCUGCUUCGCAGCUUGUCUUUUGGUUGUGCUGGGUAAACACGAGAGAGAGCCCAAUGUAGAGGCAGAGCACAUGUUUUAAGAGAGCUGACAACGCAGUUCCUGCACAUACAUGCAUCCAUGUAAGAGUAGCCCAAGUCCAGAGGCCUCUGUGGCACUGCAUGGACAUAAGAACUGUUGCAUGUGUGGGGUUAGACUCUGGUUUUUGAGAGAUGAUGCUCCGAAGAGGAUUUAUUCUAUUUCUCCCCCGACUUGCAGGCCUGCUGGUGGUGGCCUGUUGCUCAGUAUCUAUUGUUUAUAUGUUGGCUUGCACACCCAAGGGUGACAACCGGCAGCUUGCUUUGCCCAGGGUACACAGUCCGACUGCAAAGGAGGGAUAUGAAGCUAUUCUGCAAGAGCAAGAAGAGCAACACCGCAACUACAUCGUCAGCUUGAAGAAACAAAUUGCCCAGCUGAAGGCUGAGCUCCAGGGCAGGAGCAAGCAGCUUAAGAAUGUGCAGGAACAGUACCCAGACCCCUUGGACAUUCGGCUUGACCACAGUAACCCAGAGAAGGCCCAGGCUAACCUGUUGGCUUUCCUCCAUUCCCAAAUAGACAAAGCAGAGGUGCACAGCGGCAUUAAGCUGUCCACAGAGUAUGCAGCCGUGCCCUUUGAGAGCUUUACCCUGCAGAAGGUGUACCAACUGGAGACAGGGCUGACGCGCCACCCAGAAGAGAAACCUGUAAGGAAAGAUAAGCGAGAUGAGUUGAUAGAGGUGAUCGAGUUAGCUGUUGGGAGUUUGAACAACCCAGAGAGGGAUGGCAAUGCAAAACACCGCGUAUACACAGCCUCUGACUUCAUUGAAGGGAUCUACCGCACAGAAAAAGACAAAGGCACAUUGUAUGAGCUGACUUUCAAAGGAGACGCAAAACAUCAGUUCAAGAAGAUUGUUUUAUUCCGGCCAUUUGGACCUGUAAUGAAAGUGAAAAAUGAAAAUGUCAAUAUGGCUGACACACUUAUUAAUGUCAUUGUGCCAUUGGCCAAGAGAGCCAGCAAAUUUCGGCAAUUCAUGCAGAAUUUCAGGGAAAUGGGCAUUCGGCAGGAUGGGAGAAUUCACCUCACUGUAGUUUACUUUGGAAAAGAACAAAUGAAGGAAGUCAAAUCAAUACUUGAAAAUACCUCCAAGUCAGCCAACUUUAAGAACUUCACCUUCAUCCAGCUGAAUGAAGAAUUUUCCAGGGGCAAAGGAUUAGACAUUGGUGCUCGAUUUUGGAAAGGAAACAAUGUUGUUCUCUUUUUUUGCGACGUGGACAUAUACUUCACAGCUGAAUUCCUAAACUCCUGUAGACUUAACACACAGCCAGGGAAGAAGGUGUUUUAUCCUGUUCUCUUCAGCCAGUAUAACCCCAGUAUAAUUUAUGGCCACCAUGAUUCCAUCCCACCUUUAGAACAGCAGCUGAUUAUUAAAAAAGAAACUGGAUUUUGGAGAGACUUUGGUUUUGGGAUGACUUGCCAGUACAGAUCUGAUUUUCUCAACAUAGGUGGCUUUGAUCUGGACAUUAAAGGCUGGGGUGGUGAAGAUGUGCAUCUGUACCGCAAAUACCUUCACAGCAACCUCAUCGUGAUCCGAACGCCUGUUAGGGGUCUCUUCCAUCUGUGGCAUGAGAAGCAGUGUCCGGAUGAGCUGACCCCAGAGCAGUACAAAAUGUGCAUGCAGUCCAAGGCCAUGAAUGAAGCUUCUCACGGCCAGCUUGGGAUGCUUGUUUUCAAGCAAGAGAUUGAGACACAUUUGCACAGGCAGAAACUGAGCAGUAAGAAGACAUGAAGCCAGAAGGGAAAGCAAAAAGCCUCUGAAUUGGACUAUAGGGUGUUUAUGAAAAGAGUUGCUAAUGAGAAAAGAUGGGACGAGACUGAAAGAGGAUGGAGAUUCCAGCAGGAUGGCAGCAAAAGAAGAUGAAGGAAAGUGCUUGUACUUGCCUCUGGGGGAGGCUUGAACACUUGUUGACAUUCAAGGUCACAGAGGCAAUGAACAUUACGUAAAUGCCAGUUUGGUAUUCACAAUAACAAAUGGAUGUGCUAUUCCAUUGAAAUGUUUGUAAGAUGCGUAUAGUUAUUUAAAGGUUUGACCCUUUGAUGGGCCAAUAAUAAUGAUUCUUUUUCUACAUCUAACCUGACCGAUCUAAAAAGGGCUAUUUUUGAAUAAGUACAGAGCUCCUGCUCUGAGAUGGACUUUUGAUUGUUAACAAUGUUUAAGAUGGAGUGACCAAAAAUCUUUUCCCCUUAAGGGGCUGGGGCGGGGGGGGCAGCAGCAGUGCACUAGCAAGGUAUUCCCGGUUCAUUCAGAGACAAGAGGCAUCUCAGAAAGUGCUUUCUAAAAUUUUGAAAGGGAAAGCCAUACCGACGAAGUGUAAUGUUUCAAAAAUGCUGGAGGGUAGUAUUUGUUCUCUUGUGUGGACAGUGAACCAAAAGCAAUGAGCCAUGUCUGUAUCACAAGAAUCAUAUGGUGUAUUUCUGCUUUAGAAUACUGUAAGUAUCUCAAGAUUUAUUUUUAAAUGAAGUUGGUUUUGCUUGGGAAUUAUUUUGUCAUACUUCAGGUUUUCUAUGUCUAGCCUUAGUAGGAAAUACCACAGUCUUGCACCAUUUGGAAAAUGCACUGCAGGUCUGUGUUUCCUGUGGAUGGAUAGUGGGUUCAGAUAAGUGAAGUGGUUUUUCUACACACCCUGGUUGCUGGAAGGCAGAAGCUUUAGCAUACUGAAGAAAAGGAAAUACAUGUCACCUUGCAGUACUGAUUUUAACUGGAGGCUUUAAACUCCAGAUCUGAUAAACAUUUUCUGACUUUACACCAAAGUAUUCCUUCUAAACCAAAUAUAGGGUCUUGCCCAGGGCAUAGCAAGCUUUUUGUAAUGACAAAAUAAAUUUUUGUUAUGUAUUACUGGACCCUGAAAAUUCUCUUAUGAUAAUUAUAAAUGCAUCCUAAAAAAAUAAUUUCCUUCUUAAUAGAUAUUUUCCAUUGAAAUCAUUGAAAGCAUGAGUUAUUGCUUUUAUAAAGCAUUUUCUUUUAAUACUGACUGAUAUUUGUCAUUUUAAUAUUACUAUCAACAAAAACUUACAUGAGCUUGGAAAUCUCAUUUGCUUACCUAAAUGUUUUUUCUCCAACUGAUCUCUUUUUUUUAUAGCUUUAGAUUAAAUCAAGGCAGACUGAAACUAGAUUGUAAUUUGGUUUUUGGCUUGUAAAAGCUUGAGGAAGAAAUAUGCAAGAUAUCACUAAACAAUAAAUAAAAUGCUAUUUGUCAUGCCACUGUAUA